UCAGGAACUGCGUGCGCCUGUCUACUGCCGCUCUCGCGGCUUUCUCGAGAUUUGGGUGGCUACCAGUGAUAACGGCGUAGUCGAUCUGUGUCAUUCUGGGCAGUCCGACUUGCUCAGGCCGCCUGGCUGUGCUUGACAAGUUGUGGUGUCCUCUGCUGGUCGUGUGUGUCAUCACAUUAAACAAAGGGAACCUUGUGACUGCUCGUGUCCUGGUCCGGUGUUCACUGUGACACACUCAAUAUGGUUUCAGUCGUUUUGAAAAAGCCUCUAGUGUUUCGGUCUCUGAUCUGCGGGUGACACCUGCAGCGUGACGCCAGUAGUGAGCUCUGAAAACUUCCCAUCAUGCCUCGCCGUCCGCUUCUCUUUCACUUUCACUUAUCGCUCUUGCGGUUCCGAACCGCACGAACAGAACCACACGGUCACCGUCUGUCUGAGUAGCCAUCAUGUUUGCAGCUCUUCCUCUGCUGCUGCUUCUUGUUUCCACUCCCUCCUCAUCAGCAGCUCAGCUACCUGGGGUCAAAGAUGAGAGAGAGCCGUUUCCUUGGAAUCAGAUGAGACUACCCAAAACCAUCUUCCCGCUCCACUAUGACCUGAGCAUUCACCCCAACCUGACCUCCCUCGACUUCACUGGCGUUGUUCGUAUCCAGCUGGACGUGCGUGAAGACACGCGCACAAUUGUUCUUCACGCCAAGCAGAUGAUGGUUGGCAACGCCUUACUGUUGGCGCCAGACGGAGCGAGGCCUCUGCAGGUUCUGGAGAACCCGCGGGCCCACUUGAUCGCCCUGCAGACACCCUCCAUGAUGACCAGAGGAAGGAAGUAUGAGGUCCAGUUGGAGUUUUCUGCCAACUUGUCCGACAGUUUUCACGGUUUCUACAAGAGCACCUACAAGACCAAGAGUGGCGAGACUCGGGUUCUGGCAUCGACGCAAUUUGAGGCUACGUAUGCCCGGGGAGCCUUCCCGUGUUUCGACGAGCCGGCCUUCAAAGCUAAUUUCACCAUCCAACUCAUCCGAGAGCCACAACACAUUGCCAUCUCCAACAUGCCCAAGAUAAAGACGGUGGCGCUGCCUGGAGGCCUGCUGGAGGACCACUUUGACACCACUGUAAAGAUGAGCACAUACCUGGUGGCCUUCAUCGUGUCCGACUUCCUGUCUGUGACCAAGACCACGCAGCACGGCGUCAAGAUCACAGUCUAUGCUGUUCCUGACAAGAUCGAUCAGACAGCGUUUGCACUGGACGCUGCUGUGAAGCUGCUGGACUUCUAUGACGACUACUUUAACAUUCCAUACCCGCUUCCCAAACAGGACCUGGCAGCUAUUCCUGACUUCCAGUCCGGGGCCAUGGAGAACUGGGGUUUGACCACCUAUAGAGAGACUGGCCUCCUUUUUGACCCAGAGAAAUCCACUGCCUCAGACAAGCUGGGAAUCACCAUGGUCAUCGCCCAUGAGCUGGCUCACCAGUGGUUUGGGAACUUGGUGACGAUGGAGUGGUGGAAUGACUUGUGGCUCAAUGAGGGCUUUGCCAAGUUCAUGGAGUUCAUUUCAGUGGACGUCACCUAUCCGGAGCUCAAAGUGGACGAUUUCUUCAUUAACAAGUGUUUUGAAGCCAUGGAAGUGGACAGUUUGACCUCCUCCCACCCCGUGUCCACCCCAGUGGAGAACCCUGCACAGAUCCAGGAGAUGUUUGACGAUGUCUCGUACGACAAGGGAGCCUGUAUUCUCAACAUGCUGCGAGACUUUCUCACCCAUGAGGCUUUUGAGAUCGGCAUCAUCCGCUACCUGAAACGUUUCAGUUACCAGAACACGGUCAGCAGCCACCUGUGGGAGAGUCUGUCUGACAUCUGUGACUUUGACGUCCAAUAUGAAGGAGGAAAGAAACACAAGGACUUCUGUUCUAAGCGAAACACUCAGCCUGGUGCCUCGAAAUGGUUCUCUGAUGACCAGCUGGAUGUGAAGGCCAUCAUGGACACCUGGACGCUGCAGGAGGGUGUUCCGCUGGUCACUGUGGCAGUCAAAGGUCGUGAGGUCCGUCUGAGUCAAGAGAGAUUUCUGAAGACGGACAACACAUCGCUCACUGAGGGAUUUCUUUGGCAGAUCCCUCUCACCUACAAAACCAGCGCCUCCAACACGAUCCACCGCUUCCUGCUGAAGACAAAAACUGACAUCCUCUACCUCCCAGAAGAAGUGGACUGGGUGAAGUUCAAUGUGGACAUGAGCGGUUACUACAUGGUCCACUACACCGAUGAGGGGUGGAAGUCCAUCAUCCAGCUGCUGCAUCACAACCACACUGCUCUAAGCAGCAAUGACCGAGCCAAUCUCAUUCAGAACAUCUUCCAGCUGGUCAGUGUGGGGAAAGUGAGACUGGACACAGCGCUGGAGCUCUCCCUCUACCUGUCCAGAGAAACCGAGAUCAUUGCAGUGACUCAGGGCUUCGGAGAACUGGUGCCGCUCUACAAGCUGAUGGAGAAGAGGGACAUGGUGGCCCUGGAGAACCAGAUGAAGGAUUACAUUGUGGACUUGUUCCAUGAACUGAUCGACCGUCAGGAAUGGAGCGACUCUGGCUCUGUGUCUGAGCGAGUGCUGAGGAGCUACCUUCUGGUCUUCGCCUGCGUGAGGAACUACCAGCCGUGUGUGACCAAAGCCACUGAGCUCUUCAAUAAGUGGAGGGACUCUGAUGGUGAAAUGAGCCUCCCGGUUGACGUCACGUUGGCUGUGUUUGUUGUUGGAGCUCGCUCCCCGGCUGGCUGGGAUUUCCUGUUUGAGAAGUAUCGCACUUCAUUCCAGGCGUCUGUGAAAAGCCGGAUGAAGAUGGCAAUGGCCAUCACUCCCCUGCAGGACAAGCUUCAGUGGAUGAUGGAGCAGAGUCUUCGGGGAGAUGUGAUGAAGGCUCAAGAUCUUCCAGAUGUGGUGGUGUCGGUCAGCAGGAACCCUGUUGGUUAUAAACUGGCGUGGGAUUUCCUCCGUGCCAAUUGGCACACACUGAUUCAGAAGUUCGAAUUGGGCUCUCACACGCUUUCCUACAUGGUGAGAGGGGUGACCGACAAGUACUCCACCAGAGAGAUGCUGCAGGAGGUGCAAAGCUUCUUCAACUCCCUGACGGAGGAGACAGGGUCAGAGUUGAGGUGCAUUCAGCAGAGCUACGAGACCAUCAUGGACAACAUUCGCUGGAUGGACAGCAACCUGCCGCUGCUCCAGUCCUGGCUGGACAAACACGGACGCAGGCCAGCACACGAGGAUCUAUAGGAGGCUCAGUAGCCAAGAUACUUGUACUGUAGUAAAUCUGGAGGGCUGUCACACAUCCGUUUGAAGUUUGUGUCGAGUCCCAGAGUACCACUGUACUCAGAAGGAGAUCUUUAAUCAUUGUCCCUGAAUUCCAUCAUUAAUUUGGCUUCAUUUCAAUAAAUGAAUAACUGACAAAUGACAUUCAAGUUAAUAAAUGGAUCAGAAUAAACAAAAAAAAAUGUUAAAUUUGCUGUGAGCUCACUCUGGUGGUCAGCUGAUGAAAUGACAGUGCUUCGGUUUUUGUCAGUCUUCGUUGAAAUGUGUUGGAGACAUGCCAAUCAGGUGCAUGAGGUGUGAGGGAUUAGACCAUUUUAGCACUCUUUUGUGACGUUUGGGAUUUCAAAUUUCUGUAUCAAACGAAUAAAUGU